UGAUGCAAUACUUCCGGUUUCUUCUCCGAGGAUCACGCCGGUUAGUGUGUUUUGUAUUUAAAUAAAAUUUGUAGAAAAAUAAAAUUCUUAAUCGUUAAUAAAAAAGAAAAGUGUUUCAAAAUGAUGAAUGGAUUAGUGAGAAGUGCCUUGAGAGUGACGGCUUUAAAAAAUGUCAUAACACCAGCAGUAAAUGUAACAAAAACCAAUGUUCAAAUUAAUCGAAUGCUAUGGAACAUGUGCAAUCGAUUAGAGCACAAUUCAUCAAAUUUAGUAAAGGAAGUGAAUAAAAGUCACAGUGAAUUAUGUAAUUGCGGUGGUUGCCGUGCUGCGCACACAAAAGCUGAGAAGGAAUUAGUCGAAUUUCUUGCUGAGGAAAUAGUGGCAGAGAAGAAAGCUCGAAAAUUAAAAACAAUUCCAACGGAUCUCGAAGGUUUUAAAGUAUCACUCGAUGGGGCUGAAGUUCGUCUUGUAAAAAAAGACGCAGCCGAAACAAUUACAAUUUCUUUUAAUAUUAAUCACACAAUAACCUCAGAGGAAGAGCCGGAAAUUGAUCCUCAAGAUGACAAAGCAGACGUUGGGGAAAUGAGAAGCAAACCUAAUUUUGAAAUUGAUAUUGUUAGAGGGAAUCAAACAUUAUCAUUCACUUGUUCCUUUAAUAGCGAACCUGGAGCGUCUGGCGCCGACGAAAGUUAUAAUGACAUUUUUGGAAUUGACGAAAUUACGCUCUUCGAGGGCGAAUACUCUGACAAAGUUUAUGCUGUAAGCGGAGAAGUCAUCGAUGGUUACCUCUAUGAUCUUCUAAUGAACUAUCUCGAAGAGAAGGGAGUUUCGAAUGAAUUCACAGAGAAAAUGAUGGAACUCAGCACAUCUUACGAACACACGGCCUACAUUAGUUUACUCGAAGGUCUCUCCAAAUUCACAACCACGAAAUAAAUUCCAUUAUUUGUAUUUUGAGUCUAAUCAUAUUUCCAGUGACGUGGAAAUUCGCCUCGACGAUUUUCACAAAACACACAGAAACAAAAGAAAAAAACAAAAUGUCGUAUGUUAAUUAUUGUAUACUUUAAAAAAUUUUUGUUACAGUUAGACGUGUAUUUUAGUUUUUUUUUCAAACGCUAGACGAUACUUUUUAGAAAUGUUACACUGAUUUUUCAGAAAAAAAAAAAAUAAAUCGUGUUGAAAAAAGA